AUGAAACUGUUUAUUGAUUUAUUAGGUAUAUUCAUUAAUCAUGAAUCAGAAUCAAAAAUAAACAUAAAUAAUAAUAAUGUUAGUCUAUCAAAGUUUGGAAAUAUAAUUAGGUGUGGUGGUAUUAGUAGUGGUAGUUACAGAAACACAAUCAAUAGUAUCAAUGUAACAAGAUCGUUUUGUACAGCUGCUAAGCCAUUACCUAUUGAAUUAGAAUAUAAUAUAAUCAAUCCAACAAGUGCAGCCAAGACAGGACUGGACAACUCCCUAGAUAACAUCAUUAUCUUACACGGUUUGUUUGGUGCCGGUUCAAACUGGAGAUCAAUCUCACCAAAGAUUGCAAACGAAUCAAAUUGUAAUGUAAUUCAAGUAGAUCAAAGAAAUCAUGGAUCAACAAAACAUGUUGAUGAAUUCAAUUUAUUGGCAAUGGUAGAAGAUCUCAAUCUUUUGAUCAAAAGUAAGAAUGUCAAGAAUCUAUCACUUAUAGGCCACAGUAUGGGAGGUAAAGUUGCCAUGCUCUAUGCAUUGUUCUACCCAGAAAGCAUUCAUAAACUGCUGAUCGUCGAUAUUUCACCGCAUGAUCUCACACGUGACACAAUGGACGACUUUAGACGGUAUCUCCUCGCAAUGAAGUCAUUAGAUCUCACCACUAUCAAAUCUAGAACACAAGUAGAGAAAUACUUUGAACCAGUUGAGCAGAAUAUUGUAAUUAGAAGAUUCUUAUUAACAAAUUUAACAUUAGAUGAGAAUCAAAACUAUAAAUGGAGGGUAAAUAUAGAUUCAUUGUUAGCCAAUUUACACGAAUUGUCUCGAUUCCCUGCACCUCCAGGUGCCAGAUAUCUGGGUGAUACUCUGUUCUUGGGUGGCGGUAAUUCAAAUUUUAUCAGAGAAAAAGACUAUCCACUCAUCAGAAAAUAUUUCCCAAAUGCUCAGAUUGAAAUCAUUCCAAACACAGUUAGCUUCUAA